AUGGCAGACCCAUCGUCCCACCCGUUACCCAAUCUAGCACCUAUCGGAGAUGGACCUCAUGAAUCCGUCGACGUAGCUGGACCUUCAAGUAGACCAUUCACAGAUGCUCAAGUGGAGGAAUUCAGAGAGCAGGACAGGUGGUUACCUACAUCCGAAGCAGCAGAGAAAUGUCUGAAUGAAAAACGCAAAACGCUCAACGGAGAAGAUAUCUUAACCUCGAUGAGAUCACUAGGCUUCGACAAUUACGAAGGUGUAUUAAGAGUCUACUUGGCGAAAUAUAGGGAUGCGCAGAUACCAAAAGGUGCUGGGGAUAACGAUGACGAUGUGGAUACCAAAAAGAAAAGAGGUAGAGGAAGGCAAAGCGAUGGACAAGCAAGCGAAAGUAAAGGAAAGAGGAAGAAGAAUAUCGAUCAUGAUGCUGUACGGUAG